UCGCUUCUAUUCCAAUCUCUUAUAUCGAGCUUAAAAGUUUUUCAUUGUUUUUCCCCGUGUGAUGUAAAAUAAUAAAUAUAUUUGAUCUGCCUGAUAAUCGUUGAGCUUAAUUUUUUUUUUUAACUGGUGGUGCGUGGUGCUCUAGUUCGAGUUGGAGUUGGAGGUCAAGUAAGCUGUGACAACUACAACAAAACGCGUGUGUAGAGUAGGAUUCUCUCUUCGCUUCGAGGUUAAGACCGUCUGUUGUGGAAGUCGGAGCAAUUGGAAGUUUAUUUUUUAACAUUUGACAAUAGUUCGUGACGAAGAGAAUGGGCAAAAAGAACAAGGAGAAAAAUCUCGGCCGAGCUCUGAUCAAGGAUCGUUUCGGGUCCAACAAACGCCGCAGAAAUAAUGCUGAUUCGUUUCUUCAUACUGUGGAUAUGCAGGAUGGCUACGACUGGGGUCAGCUCAAUCUUCAGUCUGUAACCGAGGAGAGCUCCUUCCAGGAGUUCCUUCACACGGCUGAGUUGGCUGGAACCGAAUUCCAAGCAGAGAAGCUGAACAUCAAAUUCGUCAAUCCAAAGAGUGGAGUUGGUCUACUGACCAAGCAGGAACACGACCAAGUCAUCCAGUCUCAGGAGAAGAACAAGGAGCUCCUUAAAAUUCCAAGGCAGCCUCUGUGGGAUGAGAAUACGACAGCAAACGAGUUGCAGACUAAGGAGAAGGAAGUGUUUUUGGAGUGGAGAAGGAGGCUUGCUCUGUUGCAGGAAGAGGAGGGCUUGUUAUUGACACCGUAUGAGAAAAAUUUAGAACUAUGGCGGCAGUUGUGGAGAGUUAUUAGGCGCAGCGAUGUGGUUGUACAGAUUGUUGAUGCUCGUAAUCCGUUGCUGUUUAGAUGUGAAGAUUUAGAAAAUUACGUCAAGGAAAUAGAUCCAAAUAAGUUAAAUAUGAUUUUAAUUAAUAAGGCUGACUAUUUGACUGAACAACAAAGAAAAAUUUGGGCGGAGUACUUUAUGGAAAAUAAGAUUAGGGUGGCCUUUUUCUCUGCUACAUUGGCUGCUCAGAAAGAAACCAUUGAAGAAACCAUAUCCGAGGAAGAGGAAAGGUCUGAAGAGGAAGAUUCCAUCGAGGGAAGUGAUAUGGAGUCCAUAUAUACCUCAGACUUCAUCGAAGAGUCAGAGACAUUUUUUGAGGAAUCAGAAUAUGAGAGCGCCACUGAUAACUUGAAUCUCACUACAGUCAAACGUUUGGAAAAUCUCGAAAUCGAUGAACCCAUUAAAGAAGAAAUUGAUUUUCAUUCUGCUGAAAUUCAUAACUCAGCUGAAUUGUUGACCAGAGAAGAACUAAUAACUUUGUUUAGAACAAUGUACCCACUAAAAACUUACAUGAAAGGAGUGACCACAAUUGGCUUGGUGGGCUAUCCCAAUGUGGGUAAGAGUUCAACAAUAAAUGCUUUACUAAUGGACAAAAAAGUAUCAGUCUCAGCAACACCGGGAAAAACAAAACACUUUCAAACUUUAUACUUGGGCAAAGAUGUGUUACUGUGUGAUUGUCCAGGUCUUGUGAUGCCCAGUUUUGUCUGUACCAAAGCUGAUAUGGUACUCAAUGGCGUUUUGCCCAUAAAUCAUUUGAGAGAUCAUGUUCCAUCGGUAAAUUUACUAGGCACACUGAUUCCAAGGCACGUCAUAGAAGAUCUGUAUGGAAUAAUAAUUCCACUACCGAUAGAAGGAGAAGAUCCAGACAGGCCUCCACUGGCUGAAGAGAUUUUGAAUGCUCACGCAUUUAACAGAGGAUUCAUGACGCAAAAUGGACAGCCCGACUGUUCGCGUUCAGCCAGGUAUGUUCUCAAAGAUUUCAUCAUAGGUAAACUUUUGUAUUGCGUCGCCCCUCCAGGCUAUGAUCAACAAGAGUUCCAUACGUUCCCACCCAAACGGAGAAAGGAUAUGACUCAUAAGCAGUUACCACCUAGAGUAGCAAGAGCCAUUAAAUCUCUGAAAAAGACUGCCGAGGAUAUCGACAGAAACUUUCAGUUAUCAGAAUCAGGAAAUGAGGCGUUUCGAAAAUGUAGAAAUGGCGUGCAUGUAAAAGGUAAAUCUAUUAUUGGACACAUCAAUUCUAUGAUGUCAUUGAAUAGUACUGGAACCGCAGUCGUGGGAUCAAACGCAAGUCUUUAUCCUGGCACAAUAGAUGGAACUGAAUCAAUGAUGGGUUCUACUCUAAGUAUUUCAACUAGUUCAGCUGACAAACCAUGGAGAAGACGCGAGAAAAAGCAGCGUGAAAAAGGAAGGAGACUCUAUGCUCAUCUCGACCAGCACUGAAGUAAUUAGUUUUAACAAUUUUUUGUUUUUUAAUUUCAAUUAUUGUUACGCUACUGUCACCAUUAUUCGAUGGCCGUAGACUUUUACUGUAUGAUUGAAAAUGUUUGAUUACGUUAGCAAAGAUUUUGAUGCAAUAUUUAGAUGUUUGUUCAUGUACAUAUAUAUGUAUACUUAUUAAUUUUGUACAUUACAUUUGUAUAUUAUUAUUGGCUAAUUUAUUGGGUCAAAGUAAGCAGUCCCCAAUAAUUUUGGCAUAGAAAUAAAGAAUCCAUAGUUGUUA